AUGUGCUGCUCGACUCUUUGGCGUCCCUUAGGUGCGGCGUGGACAGUCGCCGGACGGCCUCCCUCCGCGCUCUUCAAGAUACUAGUUCUGGGGGACAACGGGGUGGGGAAAACGGCCCUCGCCCGGGCCCUGUGCGGCAAAGGGUUUCUGCCGGAGUACUCGCCUGACACGGCCGUUUCUGUCUCCGCGAGGAGCUUUAGCCGCGACAAAUUCCCUCCCGCCGUGCUCGAGAUCUGGGAUAUUCCUGCUUCGGCAAAGACGUCCUUGGGUCCGGAGAUUGCGGCUGAAACGAGCUGCGCACUCCUGCUCUUGGAUCUCGACGACAGAAACUCAUUUAGAGUCGCCAAGAGGUGGCAGUCAUUGGUGACAGAGGCGUGUUCCGGUAGUAAAGCACGGCCGCCCCACUUCAUCGUCGUCGGAACGAAGAUAGACCGGGGUGGGUGUAGCACGUGGAUGAGAUGCGCCGGAGUUCGCGGGUGGUGUGAAGAACAAGGAUACCCCCUGCUGUUCUGCACCAGCUUCGCGGGAGAGGGGAUAAUGGGCAUCCUGAGGGAGGUCGUUGUCACCUGCUUUGAACGACAUCCCCCACCAGCGGUCUUGAAAGACCUAUACCUGGCUGUAUAG